AUGGCCCUCGCUCCGUGUUUCCAUAGCUUAUGUCCGGGUUGUGGUGGAGCUGGAGCACCAGGCGCUUUAGAUGAUAUGUUUCAAACCUGCCAGGCCGCUGCGUUGACCGGAAGUGACAUUGCCUUGCGGAAAGCGAUGCUUACGAGCGUCAAGGCGAAGGGACGAUAG